AUGGGUUCGCUCAGUAGCUUCCUCUUCGUCUACGCCUUCGGUGGAAUCACCUUCAUUCCACUCAUUUUGUCUUUGAUCCUCCUCUACGCCUAUCUGACUCUCCCUUCCGUGCAUGACACGCAGCAAUCAUGCCAGAAACCAACCGAUCCCCUCCGCUUGCCGACCGAUGACGACUUGAGUCCGAAGUCCGGCACCGACCAACUAGCAGAGAAAUUCCACCGCACCCACGAGUCCGAUGUGGCAGCUGGAUACUUCGCUGUAUGCCGAGAAUAUGUCCCUGGAGGCGUGAAUGGAAAGCCCCCCGAGAGAACCACCCCAGCGGGGGAGGUUGUUGCGGCCGAAAGUCCCAGCGUAUACCAGACCAUGUACCGCAGUUUGUUCGAUCGAAAGCAAGCGCCGAGUAUUGAGCCCAGCAAAGCGAAUGGGAAAACGACAAAGCGGGCCCGAAACGUGUUCUUCAUUGUCCUUCGACACGGCCAUUUGAUGCUCUAUGAUGAUGUAAAUCAGGUAGAAGUACGCUAUGUCAUCUCGCUCGCUCACCAUGAUGUUACCAUAUAUGGUGGAGAGGGGGACAUCCCCGAAGGAGAGUUGUGGCUCAAAAGGAAUGCCAUCUGUCUCUCCCGGCGACUUGAAUCGCUAGGUGACUUAGGAGGGCCGACUCCGCCAUUCUACCUCUUCUCAGAAAACUUGUCGGAGAAGGAAGACUUCUAUAUUGCCAUGCUGCAGAACCAAAAUCGGCUGUGGGACUCGACCGAUCGUCCACCCAAGCCCCAGGGAUUUGAAACAAAACACAUCGUCACCUUAGUUCAACGUCUGCAUUCCUCCGAGGAACAGUUGCAAACACGCUGGAUUAAUGCUUUGCUUGGAAGGUACUUUCUGGCGCUGUACCAGUCUCCCGAGCUGGAGGCAUUCGUGCGGAGCAAAAUUGUCAAGAAAAUAUCUCGAGUAAACAAACCAAACUUCAUCAGCAAGAUUGGGCUGCAAAGGAUUGACAUGGGUGAAGGAGCUCCGUUCAUAACCAACCCAAGGCUGAAAGACCUGACGGUAGACGGGAACUGCUGCAUCGAGGCCGAUGUUCAAUACACCGGUAAUUUCCGCGUUGAGAUUUCGGCGACUGUCCGUAUUGAUCUGGGUCCUCGUUUCAAAGCGAGAGAGGUUGAUAUUGUUCUUGCGGUUGUUUUGAAGAAGCUUGAAGGCCAUCUGCUGGUUCGGUUCAAACCUCCACCCAGCAAUCGCAUGUGGAUGUCCUUUGAAACCACGCCGAAGAUGGAAAUGGAUAUUCAGCCUAUCGUCAGUUCGAAGCAAAUCACAUACAGUCUGAUUCUUCGAACCAUCGAGAGCAAGAUCCGCGAAAUGGUGGCAGAAAGCAUCGUUUUACCUUUCUGGGAUGACGUUCCGUUCCAUGAUACUUUGGGCCAAGCUUUCCGCGGUGGAAUUUGGCAGCAAGGCGCCCCUGAGCCAAGCGCCGAGGUAGAAAUACCUGAUGAAUCUGGCGAAGCUCCUCAGCUCCCGAAGAAUGUUGGUGGGGAUCCCAUUGAGGUACUCAAAUCCAAGGAUGAUCGCACAAUGAGCAUGCCCACUCUUUCAGAACCUGCUGCAGCCAAGCAAAGGCCGCGCAAAGGUCUGAAGUCAAGCCAUUCCGAUUUACAGACAGCACAAAUUUCGACUGCAACUUCUACAGGAAUAGAAAGACCGGAAAGCACACCGCUACCGCGAGCCAUUCGAUCACAAACAAUGUCCCAUGCCGCGGACCCUGUUGUUACUCCUGACAAUGCGAAAGUUGACAAGGCUGUUUUGGACAACAAAGGCGAAGAGAAAAGCAAUGCCGCCAGCGCUAUGUUCGAAAUAUCGAGCAGGUCUCCGCCUGCCUCCCCAAACCGCACCCCCGGUACCUCGCCACCCUCGGUUGGCAUCACGAUGCCGGAAAUUGCUGUCCACAGUCGUGAAUCUUCGAUUGUAGAUCCAAUUGAAGGUCCUAGUCUUGGCAAAGAUCACAUAAUACAAAGGCCCUCUUCCACUCGCAUGGAGAGCGGAUCUUUUUCCAGCUUGAGAAGUUCUCGGGGCAGCUCUACCACCUCGGUUGUGAGCGACUCGAGUCGGCGACGUAGCACCAUCGAAACCAUCACCAAGUCGUUCACAACCAACACUUCCUCUGAAGAUAAGUCUUCUGGCUCCAUAACCAUUGGAUCAGCUACUGCUGCCGCCAAGAAGUGGAGUAUGAGUGUUUUUGGGAAAGGCGACCACACUCCUCACCAGGAGUUACCACGAGAAACCCCUAGUGUCCCCGAUCAGCCAAUUGGACGUGGACAUCCCCAUCCACCACCUGGAACCCCAUUGCCUCGCCCCGACAAAUAUGCCCUGAAGAGGAAUGCGGGAACGACGGCCAAAUCGACCCCUAAGCGAAAGCCAGUGGCAGCACAUGCGGCCGAACGUCCCAAAACUGCAGACAAACAACACCCAUCAUCAUCUUUGCCCCGCAGGAAACCCAUGGCACCUGGAGUGCAUGUUGACGAAGGCAUUGAUGAAUUGCUUGUAGUAGAGGCACUGCACGACUCUGAGCCGAACAGCCCUGCCCCCGGUGAUUUCGAAUCAGAUCACCCCCCGAUGACCCCAGACACGGUCGAACCCGAUACUGCGUUGAAGGAGAAACAGCCCGUGGUUGAGAAUGAAACGCCAGAAGCUCCUGAUGCUGAAUCACUGCGCUCUGUUGACCAGAUGCCAGAUUCACCUAUCGACAUCCCCGGGGUGCCGACAUCUACUGGAAGAGCAGAGGUACCCUCAUCGUGA